AUGGACCGGUCUCAUCCAGAGUCCUAUUCCACUGGCGAGAAUUCUGAGCCUGUAGGCCUAGACUGCAACUCCACCAACCCCAACUAUUUCUCCACAAACCAAGGACUGGACUCUCUCUACCAAAAACUGGACCUGGACUCCCUGGCCGAAGACGUUUCCCUGUCUGCUCCAGAUGCCAUGACAGAGACCUCUGCAUCCACAAAUGAAUCCCACCCAGCAUCAGAACCAGAUUUGACGGAGGCUGAACAAAUGGAACUUAAAUCUGAGCUCACUAAAUUGGAGGAAGAGAUCCUAACAUUACACGACGUGCUGGCAGCCAAGGAGAAGAGGUGUGAGGAAUUCCGCAGGAAGUUAGGCUGCAUGGCCUUUGUGGGACUGAGGCAGAAUCUGUCCAAGAGAUGGCAUGUUGUCCAGGCCUCCAACAUCUGCAUGAAGCAGAAGACUUCAACCGCCCUGUCCUCGGUGGGCUCUGCCGUCUGUAGGAAGCUUGAAGACAUGAAGAAGUCGUCCACUUUCAGAUCUCUUAAAGGGCUGAUGGGGACAGUCAAGUCAAAAGUUGCAGGUGGCAGAGAGCUUGGCAGUGGCCUUCUUUCUUCACUGGCGAGUGGCAGUGAUCCACACUCAGUACCGGGGAGUGGAUAUGAAUCCGCUCCAGGGCCUGGAGAUCAACUGCUUUCCGUCCUGAAGCCAGAGUAA